AUGGCGCCCGCAAAAUCCUCCAUCCCGGCUAUCAUCCGCCAUCCAUUUGUUGAGGGCUUCACUUGGCUCUAUUUGAUUUUCCAAUGGGUACUGAGAUAUAUCUUUGCACCUGUUCCACCUCCUCCGAAUGCAACAAAUCCGAAUAAACCCGGAAAGAGAGUUGCUGUGAUAGGUGCUGGAUUGACUGGCAUAUCCUCGGCCGCCCAUUGUGUUGGACAUGGCUGUGAUGUAUUAAUCCUUGAGUCUCGAAGCAAAGAGAAAGGUCUAGGCGGUAUUUGGAGUAGGGUCAAUUCGACUUCUGCGCUCCAGAUCAACAGCCUUAUGUAUCGCUUCCACCCGUCAGUCCAGUACGAUACCACCUAUCCAAGCCAAGCCCAGAUCAAAGAGCAGAUUAUUGCUUUGUGGAAGAGAUAUGAUCUUGAGCGACGGACGGUGUUUGACACGCGCGUCACCUCCGUGAAGCAGAACAAGAAAGGCCAAUGGAUCAUCAAUGACGACGAAGAGAAGUACGGUGUAUUCGACGGCAUUGUCACGGCCGUAGGUGUAUGUGGAGAUCCGCAAAUGCCGACCCUUCCUGAUCAAGAAAAGUUCAAAGGUCAGAUCUGCCAUUCCUCCAACCUUGACGGCAAGAAUGCCAAGGGAAAAAAGGUUCUGAUCGUCGGUGGUGGAGCCAGUGCGAUCGAGGCCCUUGAAUUUGCCGUCAAAUCAGGUGCAGCUGAGAUCGACGUGCUCUCGCGAUCUGAUAAAUGGAUUAUCCCUCGAAACAUGUUGGUCCAGUCAUUGCUUGCAUGCAACAUUUUCGGUCAAGAAACACCGCUCUCAUGGAUUCCGGAAUGGCUCCUGCGCAAAUUUUUCUAUCGCGACCUCCAAGAUAUCGCUCCGACCGAUGAGGGAAUUUUCACCCAGACCCCUAUGGCCAACUCGGAGCUGUUUGAGCAGAUCCGCACAGGCAAGGCCCACUGGUUACGAGGUGAUAUUGUCUCAACCGAGGAGAACGGUGUCGUGUUUAACCACCGAGCUAAAGGGGUUCCUAAAGGAGGCCCUGGCAAGGAGCGGUUGGUGGAGGGUGAUAUUAUUGUGAUGGCUACUGGUUUCAAGCGUCCAUCGCUCAAUUUUCUACCUGACGCCAUUCUUGAGGACGAACAGUUUGGACCACCAAAUUGGUACCUACAGGUGUUUCCCCCUGAGCCUCAGUACCUGUCUAUCGUCGCCACCAAUAGCACAUACGUCAACGCAAUCGGCACUGUCGGCAAUAUGCAUAUCGGCAUCUACACCCGCUUUUUCCUGAUGUUCAUGUUUGAUCCACUCACACGACCUACCGAGCAACAGAUGAAGACCUGGAUCGACUUUACCCGGUUCAUGAAACAAUUUGCCCCUACGAACGCUUUUGACUUUUUCACCUAUGCUGAACUCAUCUAUUGGUACGUUUUUGUGCUAGCAGUCAACCCAUUCAGAUGGAAAUGGGCUCUGUUUGUUCUGUUCGGCAUUGGGCGUGCGUUGCCAAUGAUGGUUGUGGAGCAAGAGGAACGGUUCCGUGAGGAAUUGCAGAAGCAACACAAGAAGGAAUAA